AUGGCGAGUCAGCGAGCAAGCGAGAAGGUCGACCUGAUCCCCUGGGAUCCACUCGACGAUGACCAUUACCGGAGGAUGUACUCCCAGAGGAUCGCCUGUGGCUGGAGGGAGGACGAGGUUGCUCUCUGGAAGGAAGAAGUCCUGGCCGGGCAUGUCUUCUUCUACUGGAUUGUCCUUUCUGACAACUUGGAAGACCGAGAGGGUCUUCUGGUUGCGCAUAUACAGAAAUAUCCAGCUGAGAAGGAACCUCUCAAAGACACUGUUGGGAUCGUUGGCAAAGAGCCUCGGAGGGCCUCGGGGAGGACUUUCGUGCCAAUAGGUCACAUUUCGCUCAGACAUAUCCCAGACUUGAACACUCAGUUCUCCCUUCCCCAAGAUACCAUCUGGAUCAAAUCGCUCUAUGUGUCAUGGGCUCUCCAGGCUGGUGGGUUCGGCCGCAGCGCCAUGGCACAGCUGGAGCGUCUGGCCGCGGCGCCACCGUACAAUGCCUCAGUUGUGGCGCUCGACACCAUCAGAAGGGACUACCACCUUUCGGAGGAGCACCUGCGCUGGCUCUACGACCGGAGAGGGCUGGAGAGGCCAAAGAGGCACGUCCCGACCCAGGACUGGUACGCCUCCCAGGGAUACGAGCAGAUCCCAAACUCGGCCGUGUCCUUCUACGAGAACAAGGGUGAAGACGGCAGCGUGCAGCAUCUCCCGGUCAUAUUUCUAAGCAAGAAGCUGCCUGCAGAUGGCUUGAGGAGCUGA